CGAGGAGGCUGCGGACGUGGUUGGCUGCAUCGAGGAGGAAGCUUUUGUUGCUCCAGCCACUCCAUUUCGCCCGAGGAUGAAGGGUUCAAAAUCCUCCACAGCUUGAACUUGUUAGGAACUUUUAACUUCAUGUGCCUGUAGAAGUGAUUCUCGGCUGGCUUGUGAGAAAGAUGAGAUUAAUCAUUCAACAAUAUCAUCCCAAAAGCAAGGACUUGGAACGACAUAGUCAAGACCAAACAUGUCAAAGAAGAG